AUGGUUCGCAACAUCGUUGUUCUUGGGGGUUCGUCCCACCCGACCCUCAAUGACACUAUCUGUGAAACUCUGGGUAUUCAGCAGGGCAAAGCGCUCUUCUCAAAAUUCGCAGUCGGCGAGACACGGGUCGAGAUCGAGGAGUCAGUCCGGGGUAAAGAUGUGUACAUCAUUCAGUCAGGAGGUGGGAAGACCAAUGAUCACUUGGUAGAACUAUUAAUUGCGAUAUCGGCAUGCAAGACCGCUUCAGCUAGUAAGGUUACUGCUGUUCUGCCACUAUUUCCAUACUCUCGACAGUCCGAUAUUCCCUACAAUAAGUCUGGUGCACCUCUAGUCAAGGCGUCGAACACUCUCUCAAGGGCCAAUACCAAUGAAGAAGGCGCUCCUUCAUACACGUUCGAAAGCACACCUACGACACCACACCCUGAUCGACACGAGAGCCGCGGUCUCAGUAAUGGUGUGCACCACCUGAACAGAGCUAUGUCAAAGGUCAGCAUGGACGAGCUGGCUGAUGGACCAAGCAUGCACCAAGCCCGCUUCAACAACUACAAAAGAGACGGCGAUAGUCCAGUGGACAAAGACUACUUCAACCGUAGUCGUGCUGCAUCUACCACUUCAAGUGCUGCGGUGAACAAUGCCGCGGUCAACGGCAUCAGUGGUCACGAUUAUGCUCCCAAAGAGUGUACGACUCAGUUGAGCUCGACUGAAAGCUUCAAACCAAAGCCUGGUUAUAGGCAAUGGGUUGCACAGGCUGGAACUCUUGUCGCUGAUCUGCUUACCUGUGCAGGUGCAGACCAUGUCAUUACUAUGGACUUGCACGAUCCACAAUACCAGGGUUUCUUUGACAUCCCGGUUGACAACCUCUAUGGACGACCACUUCUCAAGAAGUAUAUUCAGCAAAACAUCCCUGACUACAGAAAGUGUAUUGUGGUCAGCCCAGACGCAGGUGGUGCUAAAAGAGCAACCGCAAUUGCAGACUCCUUGGGCAUGGAGUUUGCACUCAUUCACAAGGAACGAAGACCCACUAAAAUCACAGAUCGACAGAACGCGACCAUGAUGCUUGUCGGAGACGUCGAUGGCAAGAUUUGCAUCCUGAUUGACGAUCUGGCCGAUACUUGUAAUACGAUCACUCGAGCUGCGAAAUUACUGAAGAACGAGGGUGCGGCCAAGAUCUAUGCCUUGGUCACUCAUGGCGUGCUGUCAGGCGAUGCUAUUGACAGAAUUAACCACAGUGCUUUGGACAAGGUUGUGGUCACAAACACCAUAGACCAACGAGAUCACCAAAGACGGUGCCCCAAAUUGGAAGUGCUUGAAGUCGGCACAGUUUUUGCAGAGGCUAUUCGCAGAGUCCACUACGGCGAGAGUAUCAGUGUGCUAUUCCAGUACGAUUGA